GGGCUUUGUCCUUUGUAAAAUUCCUGGUGGCCUUUUGCUAUUUUCCACCCUCCCUCUCUCUCUCCCAGCCGAGGCUGCAUGUUGGGGGGACGGGCUUCCGCAGUCCUGCUCAGCGGAGGGGCCGCUCUGCUCCUGUCAUUGCUUUGGAUGCCGACGACAUUGCUGCCUAUCGCCUCCCGCCUUUUAUUGCUGCCCCGAGCCUUGCUGUCCAUGGCCUCUGGAAGCCCCCCGGCCCAGCCCACUUCUGCCUCUGGUUCUAGCUAUGUGGCCGGUUCGGUCUCUGCAGCCUUUGUCACCUGCCCCAAUGAGAAGGUCGCCAAGGAGAUCGCCAGGGCUGUGGUGGAGAAGCGUCUCGCAGCCUGUGUCAACCUCAUUCCUCAGAUUACAUCCAUCUAUGAGUGGAAAGGAAAGAUCGAGGAAGACAGUGAGGUGCUGAUGAUGAUUAAAACCCAAAGUUCCUUGGUCCCAGCUUUGACAGAUUUUGUUCGUUCUGUGCACCCUUAUGAAGUGGCCGAAGUGAUCGCGCUGCCCGUGGAGCAGGGGAAUGCACCGUACCUGCACUGGGUGCGCCAGGUGACACAGUCUAUGCCCGAUUCUGGCACAGCCCUACCGUGAUGCUGGCCCAGCGGCAGCUCCACCCCCACUCCCCUUACUUGGAUGCUCUCAGUCUCCCAAGUCCCUAAUAAAUGCUUUCUUUGGU